AUGGAGUUCCGGCCCGUCUUCCUCAUCCUCAUCCUUCUCAGUCUACUUUCUUUCUCUCCGCCGGCUUUUGCAGAAGACCCAUCUUUGCUGGUAAAGGCCCCGUUUAAAGUCUCGACGCCGUUCUCAGUUUCCCUCGACAAUCUCCAGAAGCAGAUCAACUAUACGUUUAAGAGUGUAGGACUAUUGAGGCGUGCAAUGACACACGCCUCCUUCUCGGAGGAGAACAACAAAGCUCUAAGCAUAUUGGGUGCAAGUAUUAUCGAGACCUCAAUCUCAUUGCAGGCUUUAAUCAAGAAUGUGGAUAUAUCGGCAAAGGAUUUGAACCGUGCGAUUGCUGACGUGUCGAAGGUGGAGAGUUCCUGCGAUGCUGACGGGACACAUUUGGGGUUGCAGAAUGUAGUGAGGGUGUCCCGGAAAACGAAUGUCACGUCCCCUGCAGUUGUGUGCGGUGCGUUUCGUGCAGUUUUUGGUGCGAUUGCGGUUGAUGCUUUGAGUUCGGAUGAAGCUGGACGAGUGUAUGGGAAAGUUCAUCGCGGGUUUGGGGAAGCAAUGGAAAUUUAG